UCAGAACAUAAUGAACUGCUGAAAGUUUAAAAAAACACCCAACAAUCGGGGUGUGGAGACAAAGUGAUUUCUACAGAGGCUGGAGAUAGGAGAAGUUCCUCCUUUCCAGAACUUUGCAGAUGGGCAGAAGCAUUACAGGAGAGAGGGUCAGGCUGUUUCAAUUGCAAAAAUUUCCUCAAGCUGAUAGGUAUCCAAAUGAUGAAUCAAAAACUUUGGGCUGGUUUCAUUGUUCUGCUGAAUCUGCAGCUUGGUUCUACCUACAAGCUUGUCUGUUAUGUCACCAACUGGGCCCAGUACAGGAAAGAACCAGCCACAUUCACCCCAGAUAACAUAGAUCCAUUUCUGUGCACCCACUUAAUUUUUGCUUUUGCGAAUAUGGAGAACAAUCAAAUUAAAACUAGAGAAUGGAAUGAUGCAAUACUUUACAGAAAACUCAAUGCCCUAAAGAACAGAAAUAGCAAUUUACGCACAUUGCUGGCAGUUGGAGGGGGAACCUUUAAUAACCAAAAAUUUACUACAAUGGUAUCAUCUUCAGCAAAUCGCCAGACAUUCAUCUCAUCAGUUAUAUCUUUGCUCCGUGAGUAUGGAUUUGAUGGUCUGGAUCUGAACUGGGAAUACCCAGGUACCAAAGGUAGCCCUCCAGAGGACAAACACCUCUUUACCAUUCUGAUUCAGGAACUAUCAGCAGGCUUUAGGAGAGAGAGUGAACAAACUGGAAACCCACUGCUCCUGCUUUCAGCGGCUGUAUCUGCAAGCAAAACAACCAUAGAUGUUGCAUAUGAAGUGCCUGCAUUGGGGAAGAAUCUUGAUUUUAUCAAUGUGAUGACUUAUGAUUUCCAUGGAAGUUGGGCUCCAGUGACAGGACACAACAGCCCACUGCAUCAAGGUUUAAUAGACUAUGACCCAGUUCCCUUCUACAAUUGUGAAUAUGCAAUGAAAUAUUGGAAUGACAGUGGAGCACCAUCUGAAAAACUCAUGAUGGGGUAUCCAACAUAUGCACGUACUUUUAGACUUUCUAGUACAAAUACUAAUGUUGGUGCUCCAGCCUCUGGUGGAGGCAGUCCUGGAGUCUAUACCAAAGAUUCUGGUGUCCUGGCAUAUUAUGAGGUUUGUGCAUUCUUACAAGGAGCUAGCAAAGCAUGGAUUGAGGAACAGAAGGUUCCAUAUGCUUUCAAAAAUGGAGAAUGGGUUGCAUAUGAUAAUGAGAAAAGUUUUCAGUUUAAAACUGAGUUUUUGAAGACGAAAGAGUAUGGAGGAGCCAUGGUCUGGACUCUUGGUCUGGAUGACUUCUCAGGCAAUUUCUGUGGUCAAGGAAUCAACCCCCUUGUGAAUAAACUAAAGAGUGUUUUAAUGAACUGAGGCCUCUGCAAGAAGACUGGAGAGCCUACCCCAUCCUCAUCUGUAUACAACAUUCCUGAACUUUCUUGAUCAUAAAUACUUUGGAGAAUAUAACAUAGAGUGAUUUAUGUAAUGAAAUAAGCAGUGUCAUAUUUUAAAACUCAAAAUCCCAAAUUACUGAUAAAAAUGUACUGUUGAGAAAAUGGUGGUACCGUUCUAUGAUUUCUAAUAUCAAAUUUAUUUUCUGCCUUUUAUGAUGAUAUUAGCAAAAAAUAAAUAUGGUGCAUGCUUUGUUACCCAACCUGAAAGAAAUAGAAUAACAUUCAGUGGAAGAUUAACAAGUCUUAUAUUCUUCCUGUUCAGGUGGUAUUUUCUUUGAAUUUUUUAAAAAUAAAUCCAUGACUCAGAAUCAGUUUCUACGUUUCUUUCACUGCAGCAAUAUGUUUGGAGAUGUUUGGUUAUUAACAGUAAAUUAUCAAUUACUUUAAUAAGUGGAUGACUGGAUAGAGAGAGGCAGGAUUUAUGCUGUAAAGAUAUUCUCCUAGUGUGGUAUAUUUUACAAAAUUUGUACAAGUCUCCUCAUACCAGCUUGAUGAAUUGGCAGAGGUUAUGGGAGUUAUACAAUCAACAUCUAAAAGACACUAGAAUGAGGAAGGAUUGAAAGUGAAGGUUCUGUUUGGCAAACUGUACAUUCUUUCCAUUUGGUACAAGUGGUUUUGUGUACCUUCUAAUCUAAAACUGCUAGUUUACAAGACAUACAAUGGAUUUCAUUGGAAUCAUAAGACUUUCUAUGUAACUUCUAAAUGAAAUAUAAUUUUUGGAGAAAUCAAGAAUAUAUAAAAUGAACUUAAAAUAUCUUUUUAUAAAGUGGUGUGCAGAGAAAUAUUUAAGCAUCCUGCUACAUCAGCAGAGCCAUUGUCUGCUAUAAGUUUGGUAUAUUAUCUCACAAAACUGAUUAGAAAUUAUAAUACGUUUUUUAUUACUCAUGUAUUUUCUCCCAUACUGCAGAAUACAGAAGGUUAAAAAUUGUACGGUACAAAUAUAGUUCCUAAAUACAAUAGCUACAGCUCAGUUCAGGUUGAAUGAAAAGCAUGGUUUCUCCUACAAGAAUAUAGUAUGGAAAUCUUUCCUUGAGUGGGAAAUCCUACAUGCUUAGACCCACAAAGUGGGUUUCUUGUUCAGUACGAAUGAAGUUUGUCUUCUCUGCAGCAGACAGAAAAGAACACUGUGCUAAAAUAUUUCUAAAAAUGUCAUUGCAUAUAUAUUUCAUGAAAUUUCCAUUCUCAGUUACAUGCAGAAAAUGCAGUCCAAGAAGUGGUAUCAUAAGACCGUAUCAGAUCAUAUGGCACAUACUUCUAAUACUUUUGUGUUUCAAAAAAUAUUGGCCAGUGCAGUGGAGUAGCAGGACAAAAUAUUUUCAAUUUUAAUCAAUACAUGCUUGUUCCCAUAAUAAUUUCUCCAAUUUGGCAUGACUUUUGUGAGCUUUAGGAUGUAAACUGACA